GUAGAAGAAGAAAUCACGGAAGCACAUGGCAACGAGAGUGGAAGUGUAUCGAUUCAACGCUAUACAACUGGAUAUUUAAUACAGUUCUCUUUUGUUUUAUCUCCAGUUGUCAGCACUGGUGUUUAAAAGCAUUGCUUCUUUUCCACUGUAACGUCCUAUUUGUCUGCUAACGUGCAGCUAACAGUGUAUCGUUUCCAUCAUGGUUCGAGAAAAAAGAACUAUAAAGGCCCCAAGGCAAAAGAAGCCAGUGCAAUAUGAUGAAGAUGACCCUGAGGGAUACAAGAAGAUGCCUGUCCCUGACAAGAAAUCCUCACAGUACGCAAAGGACAAAAUUGACGAGUUUCAUGAUGACAAGAUUGCAAAACUUCUUGCCAGCGGUGUUCAAAUGGAGAGCGACCAGGAGGACAUUGAUGAGGAGGAGGAAGUGAUGGCCCUGGAUGAUUCGGAGUCAGAUGAUGAGGAGGGAGAAGAGGAAGAGGAGGGGACAGAUAUGGAAAGUGAUCUCGAGGAGAAAAAAGAAGACGAUCUUCCUAAUGAAAUGGCAUGGGGCACCAAGAAGAAGAUGUUCUAUGACUCUGACUAUGGGGCCACCAAGGGUAAAAAGCAGGAUGAGCUGGAAGCUGAGGAAAAAGAGGAAGAAGAAGAAGCUAAAAAUAUCCAAAAACGUUUAGCUGCAAAUCUGAGCGAGGAGGAUUAUGAUUUAAACUUCUUCCAGGAAUUUGCUGUGGAGGAGAAGGAUGAUGACAAGACUGCGGGAAAACAAGAAAGGAUUGUCAAAGAUCUGAAGCAAAUGUCCCAGAAAGAGAAAAUGAAACUUUUGAAAAAGGAGUCACCAGAGCUGCUUGAACUUAUUCAGGAUUUCAAAGCAAAGCUAAAUGAGCUGAAAGACGAGCUGCAGCCUCUUGUACAGAUGGUCAAGGAUGGAAAGAUCCCCCCAGGAAAGGGUGCUGACUACCUCAAGACAAAACAGCAGCUGUAUCUCAAUUACUGCACGAACAUCAGUUUCUACAUGGUGCUGAAAGCAAAGCGAAUCCCUGCUCAUAACCAUCCUGUGAUUGAAAGACUGCUCAUCUUCAGAAAUCUCAUCAAUGAACUCAGUUCAGUGGAUGCUCGGCUUGCACCGCAGUUUCGCAAGCUGCUAGCUGGGGAGGAGAAAGAUAAAUCCAGCAAACCUGCACAGGGCAAGAAGGCCAAAGUCUCCAAUAAGAAGGGAACGGAUUCUGAAGAGCCUAUGCCUGGGGUGGAGGAUGACUCUGACUCUGAUAUGGACGAGGAAGCGGCUCUGCGUUUCUACAGAGAUGCGGAGGAGCGUUCGAAAUUGAAGAGAAAGGUCGAAGAACCAGAAACAGAAGAGUUGGAGGAGAAGGAAUAUAUGGAGGAAGAUCCAGAUGCUAAGAGAGGCAUUACUUACCAGAUGUCGAAGAACAAGGGGCUCACACCAAAGAGGAAGAAGAUUGACCGUAAUCCCAGAGUCAAGCACAGAGAGAAGUUCAGACGGGCCAAGAUCCGCAGAAAGGGCCAGGUCCGAGAGGUUCGUCGGGAGGAGACGAGAUACAGUGGAGAGCGCUCUGGUAUUCGUGCUGGCGUCAAGAAGAGCGUCAAACUUAAGUAACCAAACAAGAGUCCAAUACGUGGAGCCGGGGGGUUGAAAAAAAAUACCAAUGGAUUAAACUUGUUGAUUUUUAUUAUAGAUUUGUAGUAAAGCAUGUCACUGAAUUAUUCAACCGUCAGUCCCUUGUGUAGAAAAGGCAAUAACAUUACUUUGUUUCUAGUUCAUUGCACAAUGUGAAUAAACAUUUAAUAAACUUUCA